AUGAGAAUCAGUUGCUAUUACGCACUGAUCGGAGUUGCGCACUUGGCAACAGACGAGAAUAUCCUGGCAGCCAUCGAGCUGGCCAUGGACGAGGUAAGGAACGGUGCGAUGAGAUUCAAGGAUCUCCGCAGGGCCUUGCACGUGUUGACGGACGAGCGGCGUCGGGAUGCCCACGACGAACGGCACGCUCACGGAUGCACACUGUGCGGAUAUGAGCCUACCGAUUCGGAGAUCAGGAAGUACCUCGGGCCUCCCGCCGUCGCGCCCCGAGCAUCGUGGGCCCAACUGUCGUGCGAGUCCCCGCUCGACGGCCGAUGCUCCUCCGCACCCAGCCUCUCCGAGCAGCCCGUAGACCUCAUCCUGCCGGUUGACGUCUACGAGUCGUGCCCGCUUCGUUCUCUGCUUGCCGGGCGAAAGAGGAAAGCUGGCACCUUUCCUCUGCCGCUCGAGCAAGCAGUAGAUAUGAGGCGGUACGCGGCGGUACGCGGCGGCGAAGAGGUUGGUGAUUCUGGCGGAGGGCGGAACCACGAUAGAUGCGAUCUGCGGACGCAUGGGGUGGACUGUCAGCACGUGAUGGGAUGGGGCCGGGCCUCGGGCUGA